AUGGAUGAGGGACAUUAUUGGAGUGACCAAUUACAAGGUGUUGUGUUUGUUUGCCUACAAUUGUGCUGUAACAGUCCCAUAGAGCUUAUCACUAUCUUACUAUUCUGCUACUGCCGGGAUCAAAGGCUAUGUUGGCUUUGUCAUGAUGCAGCUCAAUUAUGUUGUUACUGUACUGAAGUUGGUGUGAGAGAUGGAAACUCUUUAAAGUCAUUUAGAGUUGUCUUACCAUUAUGUGACAAUUGCAGAAACAGUGGAAAGAAAAUAAUUAAAAGAUUACAAAAAUAUUGA